AUGUCGGAUGAUGACAUGGAUGAUAAUGAUGAUUUCGACAAUGAUUAUGACGAUGAUAACGAAGAACCCGAUAAUGAUUUGGAAAAUCAAUACUAUCAUUCCGAAGUUUUAAAUGAAGAUGAUCCGGAGGCUGCUCUUGAAAGUUUUAAAAAUGUUCUUGCAUUAGAGAAAAAACUUGGUACAAAAGGUGAUUGGGGAUUUAAAUCGUUGGAACAAAUGGUGAAAAUUUAUUAUAAAGAGAAAAAUUUUAAUCCAAUGUUAACACAUUAUAAAGAACUAAUGACAUAUAUCAAGUCAGCUGUUACACGAAAUGAAAGCGAAAAAACAAUCAAUUCCAUUAUUGAUCUCGUAUCGACAUCGGAAAAAAAGGAUCUAAUAGAAGAUUUCUAUGCAUUGACAUUAGACGCAUUGAAAGAAGCGAAAAACAAUCGUUUGUGGUUUAAAGUAAAUCUUAGAUUAGGCAAACUACACGAGGAACAAAAUGAUUAUACUAAAUUACAAAAAGUUAUUAAAGAAUUAUAUAAAGCUUGUGAAUCGUCCGAGGGCACUGAUAAUCAACAUCAAGGCACACAACUAUUAGAAAUCUAUGCAUUAGAAAUUCAAAUGCAUACAUCACAAAAGAACAAUAAAAAACUCAAACAACUUUAUGAAGCUUCGCUACACAUCAAAUCGGCUAUUCCUCAUCCACUUAUUAUGGGUGUUAUACGAGAAUGUGGCGGCAAAAUGCAUUUACGUGAACAAGAAUAUGAAAAAAGUCAUACGGACUUUUUCGAAGCGUUUAAAAGCUAUGACGAAUCCGGUUCACCGCGUCGUAUAACGUGUUUGAAAUAUCUUGUUCUUGCUAAUAUGCUUAUGCGUUCAACUAUAAAUCCUUUUGAUUCUCAAGAAGCAAAACCCUAUAAAGACAAUCCCGACAUUCAAGCUAUGACAAAUCUUAUUGGUGCUUAUCAAAAUAAUAAUAUUAAAGAAUUUGAAACAAUUCUAACUAAAAAUCGACAGACAAUUAUGAACGAUCAAUUUAUUCGAGAACAUAUUGAAAUACUUCUACGUUCGAUACGAACAAAAGUUUUAAUUAAACUAAUUAAACCAUAUACAAAAAUACACCUUCAAUUUAUUGCAGAAGAAUUAAAUAUUAAAAUUGAUGAAGUAAUCAACAUAUUAAUAUCUUGUAUACUCGACCAAAGCAUCCAGGGUAAAAUCGACCAAGUAAAUAAUGUGCUUGAGCUUGAUCAACAGCGAAAUAUUCAAGGUUUACAUCGAUAUGAGGCCAUUAUAAAAGUUGCUACACAACUACAAACAGUACAGCAUACGAUUAUGCAACAAUUUAAGUGA